UCAGCUGUGGUUUUCGUUUUGCAUUUAAGUUGUGCCAGCAUCCAUCAUGUGGCAUUCACUAGUUACAGUUUGUCUCCUCCUGGGUUUUGCCAACUCUCGAAGCUUGUCAUCUUCCUUCACCAGGUCACAGGAUAUAAUCAACCACAUUAACAAAUUAAAUACUACAUGGAAGGCUGGACAAAACUUUUACAAUGUGGAUCAGAGUUAUUUGAAGCGUCUGUGUGGUACAAUUCUGCAUGGUCCAAAACUGCCUUUAAAGACUUCCUAUUCUGGAAAAGUGAAGCUUCCUGAUAACUUUGAUUCACGAACUCAGUGGCCCAAUUGUCCAACAAUCCGAGAGAUCCAGGAUCAGGGAUCUUGUGGCUCAUGUUGGGCAUUUGUUGUUGUAGAGUCCAUGUCUGACCGUGUCUGCAUCCACUUUGGGGGAAAGCAAAAUGUGGAGGUAUCUGCUGAAGAUCUGCUUUCAUGCUGCGGCUUUGAGUGUGGAAUGGGAUGCAAUGGUGGCUAUCCAUCGGGAGCAUGGCAGUACUGGACUGAAAGUGGCUUGGUGUCAGGGGAGCUGUAUGGUUCUGGCAUAGGUUGCAGGCCAUAUACUAUUCCUCCCUGUGAACAUCACGUGAAUGGCUCACGGCCACCAUGUUCUGGAGAAGGAGGUAACACGCCACCCUGUGUGAAAAAGUGUGAUGCUUGUUAUACUCCUUCAUAUGAAAAGGACAAGAUUUAUGGUGGAUCUGCCUAUAGUGUCCCUUCCUCUCCUGAAAGCAUAAUGGAAGAAAUUUAUAAGAAUGGACCCGUGGAGGGGGCCUUCACUGUGUAUGAGGACCUCCUGCUCUAUAAAUCAGGUGUGUACCAGCAUCACACUGAAGAAGCAGUCAAGGGUCAUGCUAUUAAGAUCUUGGACUGGGGCAUAGAAAACAACACUCCUUACUGGCUGGCUGCUAACUCAUGGAAUACAGACUGGGGUGAUAAUGGCUACUUCAAAAUCCUUCGUGGGCAGGAUCAUUGUGGUAUUGAGUCUGAGAUUCAGGCUGGAAUUCAAAAAAUGCAGCAAAGCUUUCUAACAGCAUCCCCAUUUGAAAAGUACAAGAAGUGUUUUGCAGCAACACAGUCAGAGAGAAAACAUUACUGA